UAGUGUGGAAAAUAAGGUAAGUUUUGUUAGUGCGUAUUCUUCCUUUGCAGAUCAUUUAUUUUUGUUUCAAUGAGAACCACAACUUGAUAUUGUUUGUAUAAAUUUAAUGUAAAUGCUGCAUGUAUGAAAGAAGAAAAAUUUCAGAAAAGCCAGUUUCCGAUUAUAGCUGUGCUAAUUUUCUCACAAUGCAGCACGUUGCCCAGACUUACCAUUGCUGUAAUGCUCAAAGUCAAUGUAGCAUCUAUGUUUGGCCCCAAACAUGAACUCAUCAGCACUGUUGUGGAAACAUAAACUCACUGGUUUCCUCUAAAUGCUUCUAAGAGCAGAGUAACUUUACUUCUGCUUUAGUUGGUCUGUUGCCUUGAGGAACAUGAAGAUGUGGAGUCUUUACAACUUGAUCCUCAUGUGCAGUAAGUUAAAUUAUUUGAGCUUGAAUAUUUAGCUUUUCUGUAAUAAGUUAAUUUGUUACCUUGUAGAUAAUGAAAAGCACUGAGCAUGUCAGCUAAUAAUUAAUGACAUGCAAAGAUUUCAAGGGAAUUAAAAUAACUCCUUUUCAGCAGCUUAACCAUGAAACAACUAAAUUAAUACUAUCUUCUCAUUUUAGCCGCUAUGAGUUGUGUGACCAGUGAUGUAAUCCCUGUGUUUGGAUAUGUGAGUAGUGCUGCAAGGGUUUCCUGUCCAUAUCCUGCUGGAUAUGAGGAUUAUGAAAAGUACCUGUGUAAGAACGACUGCAAUGACGAUGAUGACGUUCUUGUUAAAUCAAAAGGAAAUAGCAACAAAUACUCCAUCUAUGAUGACCAAAAAGCACUAACCUUCACUGUGACCAUCUCUCACCUUCGAUUUGAUGAUGCUGGAAAAUACUGGUGUGGAGUGACCAGAACAGGAAACGAUAUCUACACUGAAGUAAAGCUGGAAGUUGCAAAUGACAGAUGGGUUGGAACGCCGACUAAAAUCCAAGGCAAUGAGGAAGGUUUGGUAUCCAUCAACUGUUCUUAUAAAACCGAUGAUGAUGUCAACAACCUGAAGUAUGUCUGCACAGGAAACCGGCGCUCCGUAUGUUUACAGCAAGCAAUAAUCACAUCUAAUAAAAGACAAAAUGGACGAUUCAAACUCACUGAUGACAAAAAUGCGAGAGUUUUCACAGUCACCAUUUCCAGACUGAGCCUGAGGGAUUCUGGGUCGUAUCUUUUUGGUGUCCAGAGAAACGCAGGAUGGGAUGGUUUCUGUGCUUUUGAGCUGGAGGUCAAAGACUGGUGCUGUGUGACGUCCAAGUACAUGAAAGGCAUCGAGGGACGUCAGAUAACAUGGCAGUGUCCUUAUCCACGUGAACAUCGUAAUAACAGGAUGUUUAUCUGCAAAGGAAACCAACGCAGUGACUGUACAGACAUGAUGGGUCAAACGAGGUUCGCAGUGCACAGCGUUUCUUCCAGCUCUUUCUCUGUUUCCAUCACUAACUUGGAAGCAAGGGAUGCUGGGACAUACUGGUGUCGAUCAAACUCAGAGUGGAGUGUUGGAAGCUACAUCCAGGUUCAUCUAUCUGUAGGUAAGAGGAGCACAGUGACACAUUAA